CCGGCAUCGAGUGCGCGUCGCGAUAAACUUCACUUUUAACAUUUUCCUUCUGAAACGCUCGCACCAAACUGGGGGGAAGAAGAUACGUAUAGAGAGUAUACAGUGUUCGGGGUUACGGAUAUAUAUAUAUAUAUAUGUAUAUAUACAUAUCUAUAUAUAUAUAUACGUUUAUAUAUACAUAUAUAUCCACAUAUACCUAUAUGUAUAUUUACAUGCGCACAUAUAUGUACAUGUAUAUAUGUAAAGCGUGAAACUCACAAACUGGAUAUAUUCGUGUUUCAUUUCGUUGGCUCUUUCCUAUAUCACACAUUUGUUAGUUUAUAACAAUAAUAAUAACCUUCAGGACUAUAAAUAAUUUUAUUAAUAACAGAGAGAUAAAUCAAGUGUUUGUGUUUUAAAUAAACUGUGAAAGAAAAAUAACAUAAAAAAAAAAAUAAAAAAAAACAGAGAUAAGAUUUGAAAGUGAUUGAACUAAGGAUAAUUGUGUAGCGGAAGUAAAGUGGAUCAUUUAAAAGUUUCAAACGUUGGCGCUUCGGGGUUCACGAUCGCAGUAGGAUCACUGAAGGAGAUGCAUCUACCAGAGGGACAAAUACCGCUCGACCCCCUUCAGACGAUUCGCGAUGCUCUGACACAUUGUCACGGGGAUCUCGUACAAACCGGAAGUCCAGCGAUCUUCUGCAGUAUGUUACCGACUCAUUGGAGAUCGAACAAGUCCCUUCCGUUGGCGUUUAAAGUUGUUACACUUGAUAACGUCGAUGACGGAACGGUAGUCACGAUCAGGGCAGGAAAUGAUGAAAACUGUUGCGGCGAACUCAGGAACUUCACGGCGAUCAUGAAGAACGGGGUCGCUAAGUUCAAUGAUCUAAGAUUUGUCGGUCGCAGCGGUAGAGGUAAAUCAUUCUCGCUGACGAUACAAAUCGGUACUAAUCAAAUAGCAACGUACAACAAGGCAAUCAAAGUAACCGUGGACGGACCAAGAGAACCCAGAUCCAAGUCUAAUUACCAAUAUGGUCAUGGACUCCAUCAACUUGGCAUAUUCAGUCCGUGGAUGGAGAGCGCGAUUUUUUGCACCCCCCCAUGGCCGUACCCUCAUCCAGCAUUAAUGAAAGGAGCACUCCAAUUACCACCGGCGGAACUAUUUCCACCGCCGUUCUCACCGACGACCGUCCUACCCCCCGUUUAUACCAUCGAUCAUCCGUCGAAAUAUGCAAUGGAGUAUGCACCAUUACCGGGUAAAACGUUGUCGACUAUAUCAACAACUACGACAACAACAACCUCAUCAACGAUACCUGGCAGUCCAGUAAGAACACCACCACCGAGAAGUCCGAGUGAAAGCGGGAGCGAGGUCACAACUGAAGAAGUUCGUAGUAGUGCCUUCGUCCCAAUCAGGCAGAACACCCUCCCACCCCAUUUACCAGCCGUCACAACGCCGUCCUCGUCUUCGCCCGAAAGAAUUCUACCGAAAAAACCGACGGAAGGUACCAGGAACGAAUUGAAAGCACCGACGGCAUACAUUUCUAACAAAAGUACACCUAAGAGGACACCAACUCCAACAACAACACCUUCAACGACGACCACCAAGUUAUCUUCUACGACUACUACGAAAGCUGUCGUGUGGAGGCCUUACUGAACUCUAGAGGAAAGAUCAAAAAUGAAACAGAAAUGAAGGAACUUAGAUCCUCUAUCCCCCUGGAAGGCUAGUGAUACCACGCAAAGGACGACGUUAGGAGUCUAGAAAAAGAAAUGAAUCCAAUCUCAUAAUUUGAUUCCAUCGUCUAUCUAGUUUUUCGUCGUAAAUGAUUCCGAUGCCGAAUUCAAAUACGAUUAAGCUGCCUUCGGUUUUACGAAGGAAAGAAAACCGACCAAACGCGCGUGCUGAUAUCUUUUGUAUUAGGGAAAGGAUACACACACCUCGCUUAACCUAUCAUUUUAUUCAUAAGACGAACUAUCUUCUACAGUAGAUCGUUAAUAUUGUAAAAUUUGUAUAUAUGUGUAGAUUUAGUUCAUGGACAAUAAUACAGUGAUAGUAAAGAAUACUACAUAGAUUAUAAAUAUUAUAUAUUUAUACGUGUAUACAUAUGUGUGUGGUGUGUGAAAUCGUAAAUAGACGCCCUCCCAUGACACAUACGCACGCACACACAUAUGUACAGGAUUCCGUCCAUUUACUCGGAUUCAUUUUAACGCGUUAUAUAUACAUAUAUAUAUAUGUGAAAAUCCAAAUUCUGUGAUUCCUCAGUGUAAUUUAUUUCGUAUUCGUGUAGACUUAUUCUUCUAUCCCAAUAAAAACUAAAUAUUAGGUGAAGCAAUUAAUUCGAUGCCUUUUAAACAAAUAUAGUGCAUAAUUUGUAAAAUAAUCAUACAUCCGUUAUUCUUCGAAACAAUUUCCAGCAUUUUCGAUGACUUUAAUAUCCACCUUUCAUGGAACUGCCGAAUUGAUCAAAUGAAUUUAAUAUUCAAACACCGAACUAAUUGUUACACCUAACACAUAUUUGAAAACGUAGAACAGAUUUUUAUUUAAAAUGGCUUUUUAUGCUUCCAUUUACGCGCUGUUAUCGUGGAACCAAUUAACCGUGUAAGUGGAAGGACUACUGAACACACACGUAUACCUAUAUAAACAUAUACGAAUGUUUGUUGAAACCUGAUUACGUGCAAGAAUAAAAAAAACAAAAGGGUGAAAAGAUAGAUAAAAGAAGUAAAAAGAAAAAGAAAAAAA